ACGAAUUUGACGGAAUCAUCGAGGUUUUUUGUUAUAAAAAAAAUUGAAUAUUGCAAAAAUAAAUGAUGUUUUCUGACGAAGAAAUAAAAGAAAUACCAGAGAGCACUUUUAUGAGGCCGGGCGACGAGAUAAUAAGCAUCCACGAAGUGUGUCUUAGUGACAAGUUUGACAAAAAGGAUUCGGGAUAUCGCAACGAGCCGCUCUUGUCUGCAACUGCUAGAAAUGAUUUGGAUGGACCCCGUUCUCUCUUCCGCGACGGCUUCUUCCCGGAGAACACAGCGAAGUUUGCGUGGACCGAAGAAGAAGGGAUUAUUGCUUCGUUCGUGUCUGAGCCACCAUUCAGUUUCGGACAAGGCAGCUUCUCAAAGGAUAUAGAUUCGGCACUGAAGAGUGAUAUUAAAAUGGAAGCUGACACUUCUAGUUCUAUAUUUCAAACUAGCAACCGUAACGGUAUGACCUUCACCAAGAAACCUUGUACGGAUCCCCAAAUUGUGUCUUCCACAUCCAAUAUUAGUUCAGGAACUGACCGUGGUAAAAAUGGCCAGGGUCCUUGUAAAGUGGACAAAGCGGAUCCACGUUCUAGGUUCCAUUUCGUCAAAUACGUGAAGAGACAUGGACGGACUGUCAAGUUGUGGGAAUGUGGAAUUUGUAGUCGUGAGUUCCAACACCAAUAUACCCUGAUGCGUCACCUUCCAACGCAUACCGACGAGAGGAACUUCCACUGCAACGCUUGCGGCAAGAGUUUCCGCCAACUGUCCACCCUCAGCCAACACCGUGCUAUACAUUCUGCUGCAAGACCUUAUGCAUGUGAGGUUUGCAAUAAGACGUUCAAUCGAGUCUCUACCCUCAUCUCCCAUCGCAAGACCCACUCUGAUGAAAAACCAUACAAGUGCCAUAUUUGUCCUAAGGGCUUUCACCAGAAAGGAAACUUGCGUAACCACCUAUUUACGCAUACCAACGCGCGUCCGUACAGAUGUAACAUUUGCCUCAAAGGAUUCAACCAGCAGUCGAACCUUGUUUGCCACAAAAAUAAGGCUCAUCCUGAUGACGACUGUGCCACUGUUCCUUCACGAGGUAAAAGCGCUACACGGCCCCCGUCUUUGAGUGGUGAAAAACAACCGGAUUCUACUGGACCACCAGCUGACCAAUGUGAAGUCAGUUCUUCUGUUGGGCCAUACUUGCCAUCAAUGGAAGGCCCUUCCACAUCUACAUGGAAUAAAAAUUGGGAUUUUUCCAAGCUCUUGCCUGAAACUAAUGACAUUUGGAAUGAUUCUGCAUGGGGAUCCAUGGGAAAUGGAGUGAUUGUUGACCCCAUAAAGACUUACCACAUGGGGGUUGCUCUAGCAACCAGACAAACUCCAUUUGCAUUGCUGAAACCUGAUGAUAGUACUCCAGUUUUGGUCAAAGUAAUUGAUACAAAGCUUCCUGGUGGAAAACAGAUGCUGGUGCCUGCUACAGCUAAAGAUUUGAAAGUGGGUGGAAAAAUUGUGUUGAAUAAUGAAGAAAAUUCUACAGUAAAAGAGGGAACUUCUGUCUCCGACCCAGAAGUGGCCGGCGCGGUCCAAAUAAGAGUGCCGGUGGUGGCGACGGUGGUGCCCCGGUUCCAGCCUGGUGGUAGACUGCACCUCGCCGUCGAGGAGCCGCAUCACGCAUACCACACCGCUCUCUCUGCUGAUAUUGGUCCAGUGAAAAUAGAACCGUGCUCCAGCGGGUCUGAUGUAUCACCGGUAUUUUCAACUAAGAUGACAAGCAUGGAUCCCCUCCAUACAGAAGAUCCUAGUGCCUUUGACGAUCACACAUUGAGACCAGGUACAAGGAUAUCGUCGACUUGCGCCCUGCCGCCGCCAGCUCCGUCGCCGCCUCUUGAUUUCAGCUCCAUGGAUCUGUUUGAACCCAUGGAAUGCAUCCCAAUGGGACCGCAAAUAACUGCUGUCGAUAUAGAGCAACCACCCCCAUCCGAUGACUCCGACAUCUUCAUUGGAGAGUUUAAAGAAAGCAUCGCCCUGUCUGAUUCAGACUGAAUUGUUUAUUUAAUUUAAAAUUUUUUUGU